CAAGUAGAUCCAAGAUUUUCCCGAAUCGGCUUCUUCAGUAUGUAGGUGUCUUCGAACAAAGCAACCGAAUCGGGUUGGACCGGGUUGACUUUUCCGCAACGUGUUUUUUUUUUUGGUUUCGUCAUUCUCGCUCUCUCAGCCGUUCCAAACCGGCCACACGACAUCGCCGCGUUCGGCAGAAUCAAGUGGUUCUCCGCUGAUCCCCGCUUGGGGCGCGAAAGAAGAAAAGAAUUUCAGGAAGGAAUUUGCGCACAAGUGAGCAGUCGUACUUUUAUUUGGUUCUUAUUUUGUGCAUGUGGUUGUAGAUUUCGAAACCGUGCUCGGUGAGUGAGGAAUUUUCACGUUGAUCAUCCGGUAAAAGACAGUGAAUUUGGUACGGGAAAGGUGUUUUUCAGUGAAAAUAAGCUCCUGUGCGUGUGGUAAUCAGAAGAAUAUUGCAGAAAAAUGUCGGAUUUAGAGGAAAUCGGUGACAUGAGCAAUUUCGAUGCCUGGCUGGAAAAGGAUUUUCUCAGUAAGAUCAGUCGACUGGAGGCAGAGUGCGAGGAUUCCCGGGAGAAAAUUAAAUCGUUGGAUAAGGAUCUCAAGAAAAAGACCAUAGAAUGUGACAUUUUAAGAGCAAAGGUGGGCAAACUGGAAACGGUUCCAUCGAACAAUGCAGCUUCAACGGAAAAGAUUGAGGGGCUGGAGAAAGAGCUGAAGAGGAAAUCUAUGGAGUUGGACAUUCUUAGAUCAAAGCUUUCCAAUGCGGAAACUAAACCGGAAGCCUCACAGGAUUUAGCUGAAAGGGUUAAGCAACUGGAAAGGGAGCUCAAAAAGAGAAUUAUUGAGAAUGGCAUUUUACGUGGGAAACUAACCGAAGUAGACUCGGAGCCAGCCACACCGGAGGCUCAGGAAAAGAUUGACGAUUUGGUGCGGAAUCUUCAACGCACGGAGAGCGUUGUUCUGAAAGAAAAAGUGAAGGAAUACGAAGGUGAUCAUGAAGUUUCCGAGCGAACCGGAGAGCUUGAACGGGAAUUGAAGAAAAAGAAUAUCGAAAGUGACAUCCUGCGGUCUAAAUUGAAGCAGUUUGAAAGUUCACCUGGAAGCAAUCAAGAAUCAAGUGAUAGAAUCAGAGAACUAGAGAAACAGGUGAAAAAAUAUCAAAUCGAAGCCGACAUUUUAAGAGCCAAGGUUACAUCGAUGGAAUGUGAUGCGGCUGAAAAAGAUGACGAAGAAUCGAGCGAGAGGAUCGAAGAACUAGAGAAGGGACUUCAGAGGAGCACAACUGAAGGAAACUUACUGCGUGCCAAGAUGCGAAUGUUUGAAACUGAAUCCACGGCUGCUCAUGAUACCAGCAGCGAAAAGAUCGACGAGUUGAAAAAAGGACUUAGGAAAAGUACAACAGAAAGUCAAAUUCUGCGAUCAAAACUGUCCGAAAUGGAAAGUAAACAGAAUGCUAGUGGAGCAAGUAUCUACAAAAUAGAACAACUGGAGCACGAGUUAAAGAAGAAAACAAUCGAAAAUGACAUCCUGAGAUCAAAAGUCGACCAACUGGAGAGAGUUCCACUGGCUGAUAGUCCAGCAAAUGCGAAAAUCGAAGAACUACAGAAAGAAAUACGCAAGUUGAAAAUUGAAAAUGAUAUUCUUCGAUCGAAAUUGAAUCAAGCUGAAGAAGAACCUACUGAAUCGCAGGAGUCGAGCGACCGCAUCAGCGAAUUGGAAAACAUAGUCAAGAAACGAACCAUAGAAAGUGAUAUCCUCAGAGCAAAAGUGACUCAGUUGGAAUGUGAGCUUACUCCAACUAAAAACUCCAAUGAACGGAUCGAGGAUCUGGAAGGCGAAUUGAAGAAAAAGAUGCUUGAAAACAACAUCCUGAAAUCAAAAAUCACUCAACUGGAGAGUGAAGUACAUGCACAUCAAGCAAGCGGAAAGAAGGGCGAUUCCCAGGAAAUGCGGAAACUCAAGGAAAAGCACGAAGAAGUGCUAACCAAAGCCAAGGAGUUGCUGUUUGAGCGUACGAAAACGGUCAAAGCACAGGAAAUGCAAAUCAAAGCCCUCCAGAACCAAAUCGAAAACAUCAAAGAAGUCGUUACCGUCACCAAGGAUAUGCUGAGCAUUCGGAACAUGGAACACGAGCAGUUGCAAACCCGCUUCGAGAAUAUUGACAGCAAAAUGAAAGCCGAACGGGAGCGACAAACGCUGCUCGAGAAGAAACUGGCUGCCUCUCAGAAGCUGUACAACGAUCUACGGGAGGAAUACACGAAACAAGUGGAACUGUUCAAGACCUCCUCUGUUUGUUCCUUCGACAGGAUAUCCAGAAGACCUGCGCCGAAAAAAUCGAACUCAUCAAGAAGGAAGUCGACCAGGUCCGAAAUGCAAGCAGUCAAUAACCUGGACCGGGAAGCCCACCAUCGUCACCCGGAUGAUGCCCGACCCGGAAACAGUUUCGACCUGCGCGAUGAUGCUGACCAUACCGGACACCACUGCUGUUGUCAAACGUCGUGAGGUUGAAAUUGUUUAAGAACAUUUCAACAAUUAGAUUCCUUCACCAUCUUUGUCAUUAUACGCUAUAAAUAUGUGCAUUCAAACACACACACACACACACACACACACUCAAAUGUGUUUUUCAUUUCAACUUUUUGGAAAACAGAAAUGCAUUGAAACUACUGAGACUAAACAUAGGACUGCAGAUCGUCUUCGUUGAUAAUACUAAUUGUUUUUGUUUACACGCGAAAGAGUUAAAAUAUAGACAAGAAAAAAAUUAACAAAGAUUAAAACAAAAGAUAACUCUCGAUUUUGAUAAUAGACAUGAUUUUCGGAAGUAAAGAAUGAUUUCUCGAUUUGCUAAAUUGUCACGAAUAGAUCGAAAAAGAAAAAAGAAGCGCAUUAAAGUGAAUGUAUUUUUUAUUUUAAAUGUCACGAAUGGUGUAGGAGAUAAUUAGUCAGUAGAACUACAUAUAUUUAAACAAAGAGACGAAACUAUUCUAAUGGAAUGUAAAUGAACUUUAAUAUUGAUUAUUGUAUCUCUUGCUUCGUAAUUUAAUAAACAAUAAUAAAUAAGAUUUGUUCAUCGAACCUAUGGAGUGUAGAAGAGGUAGCUUGAAGAGAGUCUUUCCGAUAGCGGCGAAUUUCAGGCGAAUCGAAAUAAUGGUAUUUAUAAAAUAAACAAUAAUGAAAACCCGUCUAAUAUAUACCCCUCAGAGU